UGCACACGGAAGUGGGCGCGGAGAGAAGAGGGAGAGGAAGGAAGCUGUCAGCCGUAGACAGGACCGCAAAAGGCCGGAUUUGAGCCUUCAUUCUUACCCUUUCGGUGAAAAAAGAAAACACAAGACGACCUAAACCUCGCCGAAAUGUCGAAGAAUACAGUGUCCGACCGCUUCAGGCGAGUAGACGUGGACGAGUACGACGAGAACAAAUUUGUGGACGAGGAGGACGGAGGAGAAAACCAGCUGGGUCCUGACGAGGCAGAGGUUGAUUCCCUCAUCAGACAAGGAAACCUCAUGGAGGCUUUGCAUGCAGUUCUGAAGAACCCACCCAUCAACACAAAGAACCAGAAUGUUAAGGAUCGCGCUGAGGGUCUGGUGCUGAAAGUGCUUAGCUCUUUUAAGAGUGGUGACAUUGAGAAGGGGGUGCAGUCCCUGGACAAGAACGGCGUGGACCUGCUGAUGAAAUACAUCUACAAAGGCUUUGAGCGGCCGUCAGAGAACAGCAGCGCUGUCCUCCUGCAGUGGCAUGAAAAGGCUCUCUCAGCCGGAGGGGUAGGCUGCAUCGUCAGGGUACUAACGGCGAGGAAGACGGUCUAAAAGAGGAGCAGAGGAGCAGUACACUCCACACCAGAUGAGAGACAGAGGGGCUGCGGUACGCUGUAAUCUAAUGGAUGGCACAGGGACUAAAAGAAAAACAAAACAAAAAAAAACAAAACAAAAGAUUUUUAACCCAAUGGGACCCUGAUUGGAGAUUGUCAUUCAAGGCUAGAUGCAGACAAAACAUCAAAUCAGGGUCACAUUUGGUUAAAAAAAAAAUCUAACUUCUUCCCAUGUGUGAUCGCAGCCUACUAAAUCGUAUUCCUCACAGGGUGCUACAGAUAACUUUCCACCCCACGUGUCUGUGCUGCUUCCCUGACCUCUUUAUUCUCACUGACCCUUUCAUUCUUAUACAGUAUAUAUGCACACAUUGAAAACACAGUACCUACAUGCUCAUGUGGAUAUGAACAACUCUCUCUCACACAUCUGUGCUUGGUGACAGGCAUGAUUUCUCGCAUUAGAUACUCCCUUGAUUCUCUCCCACACGUGCUUUCAGACAUAAACACGGAGAUAUACAUACAUGACAUACACACACAUAGGAUGGUUUCAGCUUUGUUUCUCUCAGGAAAAUUCUCUCUCAGAAAUCAGUAUUUGUUUACCGUCAUCCUCUCGUGUUGUCUUCUUUGCUAAAGUGCUGAACAGAGACUUCCUGAUGGAAUAAAAGCAUGAUUUUUCUCUCGGUAAAUCCUCUCAUUGCCGCUCCCUGACACUUAAGCAGUGGGAGUCUCCUGAAAAGCACAGUCACAGAUGGAGGGUGGCGGAUUUGCUUGUGGGGGUCGCCAUUCACCCUGGGGUUGGGAGGGGGGGGACUCUUCCAUCUAUCCAUCCACCCAGCCUGCCCUAGUUAAGGAUUAUUACCCACGAUGCAGCACAGCCUGCUAUCUCCACCACCCUUAUUAAUCCCACUUUACUGCACUUCACAUCCUGUCUGUGUGUCUCGCUCGCUCUCAUUCACUCACAUGUUCAGGGCAUUAUCUGGCUCUGCUGUUACAGUUUAUAGGGGAUGCAUUUUUUUUCUGUACUUUCAGGAAAAUUACAUGUCAUCAAGAGAAUUCUUUUUCCAUUUAGGUUUUUUUUUUUUUAUUUAACAUGAAAAAUAAUCCAGGAUUACACUUUUCUUGUGCCCUUUUUCUGUUAUUGUUUUAUAGUAAUUAUGAUUUCUGCAUCACAGUCAAACCCCUUCUCAAUAAAAAUCAAAAAUGUGGCUGAGAGGUUUGGCAAAAUCAGCAUGUGUGCUGCACAGUACAGGAAGGACUCAAGAGAAUUAAUAUUUUGAGUACUCUUAAUUGGAAAGUGACUGGACUCUGUGUCAAGCCCCUAAUCAUGCUGAACAAAAAUGUGUACUAAUUUUUGCAUGAUAUCACCCUUAACUUGUGAGAUUUUUUUUUCCCCCCAAGCAAUUUCAAGCCCCAUGGUUUCAUUUAAUACUUUCCAAAACAAAAUACCCAAUACACAUCAAUGUCUUUCUGGAGGAGGACAAACUGCAUACAUGUUUUAUUUUAUGUUUUAUAUGAUAAUGAGGAAAUCUUGAACAUGUCUAAUUUUUGUCUGCCUUAUGAGGUAGAUUGCUCUUGUUGCCAAAUGAUUUAUUUUGCUUUCAUAAAAAUAUUAUAGGUUACAUUGGUGAUUUAAAAAGCCCUUUUUGUAUUUAGAGGAGACUUUUAAAGAUGAAGAAACAACAGCUGCAACAGAUAAGUAGUACAUAUUGCUUAACAACUGUUGUUUCUUCAUCUAAUACCUGAAAGCAAGGUGUGUUGUGGAUAAGUUGCUUUGUUUUGCUCAUGCAUCGUUAAUACUGUCAAAAACCAAGCAGCCCAAGGUUUGCUCCUGAUGUAAAAAUAGUGAUAAGGGGAAUACAAUUCUAGCAUAACCUGCGCAUUUCCAAUCAAGCACUGAGUGAUGAUUAGUCAAGGUGCAAUUUCCCAAGAAGCAUUGCUUUUUAUAAAUCACGAAAGCAUCAUCAGCUAUAUUUUAAUCUCAAGAUAACGUAGAGUCACCAGUUGAUUAUAUGGACAUGGGUUUCAUGUUUGAAUACUGUCAUCAGUGGUGAUGCAUCCAGACAUUAGAUACCUUUUCUAAUGCAGUAAUGGCUAGUUUUACAUGGAAACAAAAGGAGAGAGGUCUGAUUACUUAAAGAAAUCAGAUGUUUUUGUUAUUGCAUGUAUGUCUAGCCAGAGAGGCUCUUCUGACCAAGGGCAAGAAAACAAGGGAACAUACCAAACUGAUGUACAAACUGCCUUACUCAAAUAUUCCUUUUUUAUGUUGUGCUUUUCUGACAAAAUAAUAAAAGGUGUGAAUGCUGAUCA